AUUCUUCAUCGACUUCUUUGGUUUAUAGCCACGAGGUUUUAGAAAUUUAACAAUUUGUUAGUGAAGUAAUAGAAAGAUUCAUUUUAUUAGAACAAAAUGCCACCUAGUAAUCCUCUACCGCCUAAAGAAAAUGCGCUUUUUAAAAGAAUUUUGCGCUGUUACGAACACAAACAAUACAAAAAUGGUUUGAAAUUCGCAAAGCAAAUAUUAUCGAAUCCAAAAUUUGCAGAGCAUGGAGAAACUUUGGCUAUGAAAGGGCUGACUCUUAAUUGCUUGGGUCGCAAAGAUGAAGCAUAUGAAUAUGUACGCCGUGGCCUUCGCAAUGAUCUAAAAUCGCCUGUCUGUUGGCAUGUUUAUGGUCUCCUACAACGAUCUGAUAAGAAAUAUGAUGAAGCUAUUAAGUGCUACCGUAAUGCAUUGAAAUGGGAAAAAGAGAAUAUCCAAAUAUUGAGAGAUCUCUCUUUGCUACAAAUUCAAAUGCGUGAUCUGGAAGGUUAUAAGGAUACACGGUACCAACUUUUCAUGUUGAGACCUACACAAAGAGCAUCAUGGAUAGGUUUUGCAAUGAGCUAUCAUUUAUUAGGAGACUAUGAGAUGGCAAAUAGUAUUCUAGAUGCUUUCCGUACUAAUCAAAUGAAGGGGCCAUAUGACUAUGAGCAUUCUGAGCUGUUGCUUUACCAGAAUAUGGUGUUGGCAGAGUCAGGCCAGUACGAAAGGGCCCUGCAGCAUCUACACAAAUUCCAAAGCCAAAUUCUUGAUAAGUUAUCGAUAAAGGAGACCUCUGGUGAAUAUUAUUUGAAAUUGAGGAGGUAUAAAGAUGCUGAAGUGGUAUAUGAAGAUCUUUUAAAGAGAAAUCCAGAAAAUGUGAUGUAUUAUCAAAAAUUAAUAGAAGCUAAACAAUUAAGUAAUCCUGAACAAAAAGUGGCCUUUUUCGAUGUAUAUAAAAAAGAAUAUCCAAAAGCAAUAGCGCCUAGGCGUCUACAAUUAACGGAGGCACGAUCGCAGGCGUUCACCCGCCUCGUGGACGAGUACCUACGACACGGUCUGCACAAGGGCAUCCCGCCACUAUUUGUCGAUCUGAGGUCGUUAUAUGAGGAUCAGAGCAAAGCGGACACGAUAGAGAAUUUAGUAUUACAAUACAUAGAAAAUCUAUCUAAAGAUGGGACGUUUAGCUCAGAGGCUGGUGAGGUGAAGCAGCCAGCGAGUGCUUUGUUGUGGGCUUACUAUUUUGCUGCACAACACUUUGAUUACAAGAAAGACACGGACAGAGCUUUACGUUAUAUAGAUGCGGCGAUAGAACACACCCCUACACUCAUAGAACUGUUUAUUGUUAAAGGAAGGAUAUUUAAGCAUGCCGGCGAUCCCGUGUCCGCGUAUCAGUCGUUGGAGGAGGCCCAGGCGAUGGACACGGCGGACCGGUACGUGAACAGCAAGUGUGCGCGGUACAUGCUGCGGGCCGGCGACGUCAAGCGGGCAGAGGAGAUGUGCGCCAAGUUCACCAGGGAAGGAGUGCCGGCGACUGAGAAUCUGAACGAGAUGCAGUGUAUGUGGUUCCAAACGGAGGCGGCGGCGGCCUAUCAGCGUUUGCAACAGUGGGGCGAAGCCCUAAAGAAGGCGCAUGAGGUCGACAGACAUUUCUCCGAGAUAAUGGAGGACCAGUUCGACUUUCACUCGUACUGUAUGCGCAAGAUGACGUUACGAUCGUACGUCGGUCUGCUGAGGCUUGAAGACGUGCUAAGAUCUCAUCCUUUCUACUUCAGAUGCGCGCGCGUGGCGAUCCAGGUUUACUUGCGACUGUACACGCAACCGUUGCAGGACGCGCCGCAGACUGCCGAGCCCGAUACAGAGAACUUGGCACCGUCAGAAUUGAAGAAACUAAGAAACAAACAGAGGAAAGCGAAACGUAAAGCGGAACAAGAGAGUGCGCUAGCGGCACAGGUUCAGGUCAAAAGAGAACAGCAUCAUAAGGCUCGGCAGCAACAAGAGCAGGGGGACCCUGAGGCGCCGCAGCUUGACGAGCUCAUACCGGACAAGUUGGCGAGAGCAGAAGACCCCCUACAGCAAGCUAUCAAGUUCCUACAACCCCUGCGGAUGCUCGCCGCGGAUAGAAUAGAAACACAUCUAAUGGCCUUCGAAAUAUACUUUAGAAAAGAACGUCCACUGCUGAUGCUGCAGAGCAUCAAGCGCGCGUGGCGGCUGGACCGGUGCCAUCCGCACGUGCACUCGUGCCUGGUGCGGUACCGCCGCUGGCUCGACGAGUCGCUACAUAAUAUGCACCAGAGUGUCGUCGAUGUCGUCAAAGCCUCAUGCCAACAGUUGUUCGAGGAUCGUAGCGCUAUUCAGAUGGCAGAGGAAUAUUUAGAGGGACCCGCGAAAAAGUCUCAGGCGGCCGCGUUGUGGGGCGCGAGAGAGCUACGGCGAUUACUGCCCGCGCGGUCCGACGACGCGCUACGUCUAGCUACGGCGCUGCACUACGACGAUACCUCUAUAGAGGGUUGCGUGGAAGUAUUGGAGAGUCUCAGGGAGGGCGAGUUCGGUUCGUGCGAGGAGGAGACGCGGCGAUACGUCGAGUCGUGCCGCACCAAGUUCCCGUACGCGAUCGCGUUCAAGCCGCCCUCGGCCGCCGACCGCCGCGCCGACUCCGCCGAUACCGCCGACCGCCGCGCCGAUACCGCCGACAUCGCCGACAUCGACGACCAUCCGCUGGAGAACAACGACAACGCUCUCAACAACUAACACGUCCACACGUUACGAAUAUACACACACAUGUGACCACUAUUCAAUCAUUAUUUUAUUUCACUUUUUUUUUUAAUAUAGCGCCAUCUGUUUAUUAUGUAAGACAAUGUAGGGGCGGGGCGGCGGGAUCUACAAUGUCUAAUUUGUCCUCUUAUAAUGGAGGGCGGAUUGCUUUCGAAUGAUAUUCAAAAUUCAAUCUAAAUAAUAAAUGAUUGGUAAAACAAACGUUUAUUUUUUAGUUGCGCUUCAAAGUAUGAGAUCAUCAUAUAUAAUGAAAUGGAUGGCGAUUUAGCGUCCGACUAAAAUGAUAUAAUGGAUUUUAAUAUUCUUUAAUAAUACGUAUACACAAAAAAGUCACAACUUCUUUAGUAACUUCAGCAGCAGCAAUUUCCCACAGAAAGUUAAUUACUAUAAACUUUGCUUGAAAAAUAUAAAAUUCAGUUCAAAAUUGAUGAGUGAAUAAGUUUUAAGGUACUUUUUGACUAUGUAUAAACAUCUCAAGAAUAUAAUUAUAAAACUAAUUUGUAACCAAAGACAUGUAUGUGUACUAAACAAGUUGUUCGGGAUUACAAUAGGGAUGAUACCUGGGUAAAAAUGAUAUAAAACAUUAGUUAUGUUUUUUUGUAUCAAUGGCUUAGAUAAUAGGCACUUAAGUUUCAGACUGGGGGCCCAUUACAACUAUGUACGAAAAUGUAUAAAGGUGUGACGUCAUGCGAUAUUUUAACUCAAUUUAUCGUCGCAAUUUAUUGAUUACGCGGAAAAUAAAAUACAUGUUUAAUAAUAAUUUAGUUUAAUAAUCUACCCUACUGACAUGCUUCCAAAAAUUAUUGAUCCUAUUUUAUAUCGUCUCAAGUGCGAACGCGUGUUUAGGGUUAUAACCCUAGAUAGAAGAAAUUCAGUUGAAAAGUAGCGAGAUAGCAAUACAUUGGUUAGUGAUUAUUCAGUACCUACUGUACGGUUUUCCUAGUAGUAUAUGAAGUAGUGUAAAGUUCGGAGCACAUCUGACUGUCUUAUCAAUCGCGGAACAUUAGAACAGAUAAAUAUAUAUUAUAUUCAACCUUGCACAUUCGACGGAUGUUCUGUCGCGUAAUAACGCAUACUUUCGACAGACCGUUGACAGAAUUCGUCAAAUUUGUGCAGACCCUAAAGAAAUGUUGAUAGCCUAGUUGUUAUACUGAACUUUUAUUAUUUUUCAUAAAAGGGUGCUCAGUCAAAACCUCAGAAUACCAUGCACCAAUAGAAAUAUGAAUUAUUGUUUAGACAUUAUUUUUUUUCAUAAACCGUCACAUUGCUGUGAUUUAAACCAUCAGAGUCGACGUUGGUUAAUUAUCUCAUAUAAGAUGCAUUCGAAAUCGUUUAUCUAAAAAAGACCAUGAAAGAUUUUAUCUAAUAAUUUGUGUUUCUUUAGAAAAUUUAUUAAAUCCUUCUUAAUAUUAAAUAAGUAAUUUAUAAACCGUUGUUUAGUUACACAUAGUUCUGUUCACGUCAUCUCAAUGAGACUCUUAGCUUGAGCGAUAAGUACAAAAACAGUUUAAAACUAUACAUUUCCAUCUAGAGAAUUGGUCUUUACAGUGAAACGUAAUGGUUCUGAGAGACUGACAGGCUAGAUGAAAAGUUGUAUUUAACAAUUUCACAACAUACAUAUUCCCAUUGAAAAAUUUGACCUG